AUGGAUCUGAGUAGCAAGAGGCGCAAACUCUCCAAUGGCAGCUAUGAAGCCGUCGCUCCAGAAGCUGACCAUCAAAUCGAAAACACAAGUGCUAAAUCCAAGGAGCAGAGACGCUCACUCUUCGUCCGCUCUCUACCUGCUUCCGUAACCACAGAGCGACUCACAGAAUACUUCUCUCAGUCCUUCCCUCUCAAACAUGCCACAGUCGUCCUGGACCCCCAGACAAAGAUCUCCCGAGGAUUCGGCUUCGUCACCUUCGCCGAUGCAGAGGACGCGCAGGCUGCUGUUGCACAAUUCAACAACUCAGUGCUAGAUGGGAGGAAGAUCAAAGUUGAGCUGGCUGAAGCAAGACACCGUGAUGCAGACAUUGGUGCCAAGAGCAGCGUCAAUACUACAGCCGUACAACUUCGUGCACAGCGAGAAAAGAACCAAGCAGAGACCCAGCCUCCAAAGUUGAUUGUCAGAAACCUGCCAUGGAGUAUCAAGACGGCUGAAGAUCUCUCGCUGUUAUUCCGCAGUUAUGGCAAGGUCAAGCAUGCGGUCGUGCCAAAGAAGGGUCCUAAGGAACAGUACGGGUUCGGGAUUGUUGUCCUACGAGGGAAAAAGAAUGCUGAGAGGGCACUUGCGGGGGUCAAUGGGAAGGAAGUUGGCGGGCGCACGUUAGCCGUGGAUUGGGCUGUCGACAAGAAAACUUGGGAAGAGUUGCAACAUGCUCGCCCAAAGUCUGCGACACCAACCCAGGACAAACCGAGUGCGGUUGAUCCUAACGAGGAUGACACCAAAACGGACGGCGCUGUGGAGGGCGACGCAGAAUCCGGAAACGAGGCACCGGAUGAUGAAGAUCUCGAUGAUAUAAGUGAAUUGGUAGGAGAUUCUGAAGAAGAGUCUCUUGAUGGAAUCAGCGCGGAAAGCGACGAAGAGCAUAUACUGUCGGAAACGGACAGUGCGGCUUCGCACCCCGAAUCACGCGACAGCACAGGUUUCGUGUGUUUCUUCAAUAUUGACGAUGCGAAAUCCUGUGUCAAAAACGCCCCAAAGCACGAGAUGCCAUCUGAACAUGCAAAAGAUGACAAGAGACGACAGAGGGAAGGGUUGAAGCAUUCCAUCCUUGAGAACGAAGCAGCAGAUCCGUCUGGUCGCUAUACACUCGAAGGGCGUGUUCUCCAGGUUUCUCGAGCUCUUAGCCGCGAAGAUGCAGAACGGCGGGCGAGUGAGGCCAGUGAAAAGAGAGAUGCCCGAGAUCGAGAUAGACGACGCCUGUACCUGCUUUCGGAAGGUUCCAUCCCGAAGGGAUCGAGGCUCUACGAGCAGCUGGGCAAGGCGGAGAUCGAUAUCAGAGAGAGCAGUUCUCGGCAACGGCAGCGAUUAAUCAAAAGCAACCCGAACCUAUGCCUGAGUUUGACCCGCUUGAGUGUGAGAAAUCUACCCCGAGGAAUCGGCAGCAAGGAAUUGAAGGCAUUGGCUCGUGAGGCAGUAGUCGGAUUUGCCAAGGACGUCAAGGCUGGCCUCCGACAGCCUUUGAGUAAAGAAGAGCUACGGCGGGGUGGUAGCGAGAUGCAAGAAGCUGAGCGCCGACGCAAGCUGUCUGGCAAAGGGAUUGUCAAACAAGCGAAAGUUGUGUUUGAAGACAAAGAGGGAAGCAAGGUCAAGGAAGGCGCCGGUCGGAGCCGAGGCUAUGGCUUCAUUGAAUAUGUUGGUCAUCGGAAUGCUCUGGCCGGCCUUCGGUGGCUCAAUGGGCACAUGGUCAAGUCCCAGAAUGCUGGCGCCGAAAGAGGGAAACGCCUGAUCGUGGAGUUUGCCAUCGAGAACGCCCAGGUUAUCCAGCGGAGGAAUGAAAGAGAACAGAAGGCCAGAGACAACAAGCAAGAAAAGUCACAGAGGAGCGCCAGUGUUAACAAGAAGCGGAAGCGUGGUGACAAGAACGAUGAUGGAUCAUCCUCCAAGACAGCUAAAGGCCCGGAGCCGGUUGAGCCGGAGGAGAAGAAUCGCAUUGCGAAGAGGAAUCGCAUCAUUGCAAAGAAGCGGCAAGCCAGGAAAGCACGGAAAGGUUGA